AUGGAUCAUGAGACAUCGGGAGCCCAAGAAUGGCAGUUACCCGGGUACGGUCGAGCUCCAGUCAACCCCCGUGGUCUGUCACACCAAAGCAAUCCUCAACCAGCCGGGGCGUCUACCGCGCCCACCAUCCGAAAUGAACCCCCCAGGCCAUCAUACUCCACUGUAGCAGCCACCGGUGGUCAGCAGUAUAACCCAUCUUCUGCAAGAGGUACACAAAGAGCAUCCCGGGAGCGUGCCAGUUCGAGAUCUAGGCGACCCUACACAGCUCGAGGCGCAUCGCAUCGAUCCACCCCUUUGUUUCCCAAUUCUCCCUCAAAGGCAGCCCUGAUAACUGGUGACAAAAAGCCCACUGGUUUUUCGGCGUCGCCAGAUCAACGCUCCACGGGCGGAAACUACAAGCUACACAAGGGCGUCUCGAAGUUUUCCAGGGCAUCAGUCGCAAGACAGGUCAUUUCUUUGUGGGGCGGGGCAGCUCAGGUAGCAUCUGCCAAAGAACUUCUUCUCGGUCUACUCGACAAGUGCACACUCGAUGCUCCUCAGAAAAAGGGCGCGUGGGCUAAAAUCCACGCCAAGAACGCGGGUAAAGAGGCCAAUGCUGAGAUGAAGGAGAGACGUGAGCAUGCUAUACUGCAACUGAGGAAAGAGCCUGAAGUACUCUUAGCGUUUCCGGAGAAGCUACUCUUUCUGUGGCCAAAAGAAGGUCCAUCCUUAUCCGAAGCCCUUGGACAACAGCUCGAAGCUCUUGAUGUCCUUCGCGCUAAAUUCAAUUGCCAUUUGUUCGUCCCGAAGGGCCUUCCCGAUUUCAUCUGUGCCCUAGGUCAGGAUCAUGACACGAUCAAGAACAUCGCCCACCGUCUCAGAACAAAAUGGGUCGAAACUGUGGCCAGCAGCAACAUCAAAUCAAAGGUCUACGUCAUCGAACCUCCAAGUCCAACCACCAUGAAGAAGAAUAUAGUGGUGAAGCACGAAAACCACUUGGCUAGGCCUCUUCUCCGAGGAAAUAAACUAAAGGGGCUCGACUUGGAGUCAUGGCAAGACAUAUCGGGUCUCAUACAAUCCAAGAACAACGCCCGGGUACUCAAAGCAGUUGAAACAUCAUUGAAAGGACUUAUAUUUGUCCGCGGUCAUUUGCGUAUGCGUAUCAAUAUUGGAUUGUUUGUGCUUGAUGAGUACCGCGCACCCAAAGAAGGCAGUGAUUCGUACAGCUUUGAGGAGUUCAGAGAGAUGCUCUUAUAUGAGCAAACUAAGGGCAGACUGAUUCCAGGGUUGAAAGUCUCCCAAGAAGAUUUUCUCGCUAGAUUCUACAACGCAACCGAUCUGCUUGAGACAUAUGAGAGUGCCACCAGCUUACUCGACAAAGUGGAACCUGCAUACUCUGUCAACUUUGAAUUCUUAGGCUCGAACAAUUCCAUGCUACGACUGGAGGUAGAGUUCGCCAAGAGCCCACUUGCAGAGGAGUAUGAGGUUACUCAACGCCGAUGGCUCAGGCCUCGAAAGAGUGGACAGUCGAACGAUAGACGGCCCCCUCUGCAGAUUGGCGUCAUCGACUUCGAGAGAUCGGACUGGCAGCUGGAGAUCAGGUCCUUGGAAUUCCACGAGGCCUCUUCCAUUGAUGUUUCAUUGAAAGAAUUUGGCCACAGUGUUAAAAUCCCUCACGACACCAAGAUCACUGACAUUUCCGCACCGCCACGCAGAAAGGUGAUUUUCAAAGACUCCCCCCCUGUCUCUAGGCUUGUGGAGAAAACUGCAUUCCGAUAUCGACUGAAAGGGACCGACUACACGUUGGAGGUUGCCCGUUACGACGAAUACGUUCGCAAGAACCUCUUCAAUAUGCAGGACCAAAGUGUCACGGCCGCGGCAAGUCAAUUUUCGGAAGUCCCUUUUACAUCAUGGGGUGCAUCGAUAUUCGACUCGAAAUGGGAUAAUCUACUAGGAGAACAUGCGAACCUGCCCGUUGGUCAAUCUGCGAAAUACAAUCCGAACCUGAACACCUUUUUUCUUCCCAGGCAGUCGGCCGUGCCAAACGAAAAGGGCGCUGGAUUCUGGGAGAUGGUUGAUUUGGUGAAGCGUGUUGCGGAAGUCCUCGGUCCAACACGCAUCUCUCCUGAGGGCACUCAAGAGUUGUCCGGCCCCGAAUCUGAAGCAAGGUCGACAGUCGUGAACAGAAUGCAGGGCGCUAUCCCUGGGUCUUCCCCGGCCACCAGUACCAAAACCCCUAGAGAAAUGUUGGAUGCGGAUCUCGGCACUCUGUUCUAG